AUUGCAUCAUUCAUCAAUAUUGUUCGUUUCUACAAGUAUUUUGUGUUGAAGCUAAAAACUCAAAAAGCCCAAAAAAAAAAAAAUGUGCAAAGGAAGAGAAGACGAAGAUCAAAGGAGCCACGGUAGCCCUCUUUCUUUAUGCAUUGAUUCAGCGAAAGACGAUCAAGUCGCCGGCCGGCGGCCACUGUUUUGUGAACUGUGCAGUGCACCGGCCAGAGUUUAUUGCCAAGCUGAUGAUGCAUUUUUAUGCCUGAAAUGUGACAGAUGGGUACAUGAUGCGAAUUUCUUGGCACAAAGGCACAUUAGAUGCUUCUUGUGCAAUACUUGUAACCGGCUUACGCAGCGGUAUCUGAUCGGAACAUCAUCGGAGGUGGUACUUCCGACUGUUGACCUAAGGUUGAAGGAUAAUCAUCAUCAGAAUACUAACGAAAGGAGGAGCCAAUGUCAUAUCUCAAGUGCCGAUCUUGACAGCGAGGAGGAUUCUAGAGAUGUUCGAAAGGAACCCUUUCUGUUUCUUUGAAAUUUUUCUUCUCUUUUUUCUUUCUUCUUCUUCCAAGGGAUACAAAUAGUGGUAAUUUUCAAUCGAAUUUAUUAUGACUUAUUGAAACAGAGAAGGGGUCUUAUUAUUAAGCUAUUGUAGCUCCGAAGGUUAUGAUAGAUUUGAGUUCAAAUGAAUUCUUUCUCUUCUUUUUUUCUCCCUAUGUCUUUACCUUUUUUUCUUCCGAUGUCAUUCAUAGUUUGGUUUGUUUGUAUCAUGAGGGUGUGUUGUUUGUGUAUUCAAACUUCUUGAUGUAUUAUGGCUAGUAAAAGAGAAUUUCAAACAACUGGAAUCAGUUUCUACAUGUUAGUAAAAAUCAGUGUACAUAUUAUUAUUAUUUUUCCGUCUCAAAAUGAAUAUUCACAAGGAAAAUACCGAAAUAGUGGAUGGGUUAGUAGCUUUGUAUCUAUCCAACCAAAGUAGAAAAUAAUACUGGAGAGAAAUAAGAAUGAUCCCGUUUGUAUCUAUUCUUUGAUUUUUUUUUGGUUUUUUGGUAAACCAUUUCCGUGUAUUAUUGAUUGAUCAUAU